AUGGCUUAUUCUGAAAUAGAUCCAUCCCGAAUUAACAUUUGCGAUUUUCAGUCUUUGAAUUAUUCAAAUUCAGGUGGAUUGCCUUCAGAGAAUAUGGAACAUGUUGAUCUAGCAGGAAUGCAACUUGACGACUUAUUAGGGAUUCAACCUGCUGAUACAAUAGGGGUUCGAUCUGUUGAUGCAGAGAGGAUACAAUCCAUUAGCACGACAUUGACACAAGCAGGGCCACAAGUUGCAGGACGUCUUCAAGGUAAACAUGGAAAAAGCUAUGGACGCAAUGUUUAUGGACAUAACAAUAACUGA